GACCAAACAACUUUUCCAGAGGAGCUCCACAUCACAGCGCGACCGAGAACCUACCAGCAAGUUAGUAAGAUUUAAUAAAAAGUAGUGUGAAAAUAGUAGAGAAAACGCGACGAGGAGUUUCCGCACAGUGUUUACGUUUUUUUCCGAGUAAAACAGCUCCGUUCCUUCCUGUCUUUACGGCUUUUUUCCCCCAACAAGUGCCCUUUCUUUUUGGAAGUUAAAAAUGAGGAGUCUUUGCGUGUUGUUCGUCGUCGGACUGGCAACUGGGUUCAUCAGUGAAAAAAUCUUCGUCUCCUCCCAGACAACCUUUUCCACAGCAGAUGACCUGUACUUAGAGGGACGAACAUCAGGUGAUCUCCCUAUAGACGAUGAAGAUGGAGAAGACGAUGGCUCUGGCUCUGGAUCUGGAGACUAUGCUUUCGGCGACAGAGAUCAAGAAGAAGAACUCAUAAGGUUCCUCAACUUCACUAACACAGCAUUCAGCCGAACAAUGCCUCCAGUUCAACCUUUUCAGCCACAGCCAACAACAGACUCACCUCACAAUCCACCAACCACUGUCGCAGGCAGCCAGAAACCAGCCACCACAAUGAGGGAAGCUGAGACAACACCAGAUGUGUCUUCUGACGAUGACGGAGUCAAAAAGGUGCCUCGUAUUGGCUCAACAGCUGAUUGGUUCACAGAAAGCCCCAGUUCCACCUCUGUCAGCGUGCCUCUCAGUGAAGCCAAAACCACUGAGUCCAGUAUAGGCAGUGUAACCCAGGAUGCAAAUGAAAAAAUGACCAAGAACAGUUUUGUGGAAAUUUCAGCUGAAGAUGCUCAAAAUGAAGAGUUGCAGAAAGGUGGUCGAAGCGGCAUGAGACCAGAGAUGGACUCACCUGAGCAGGUGACCUCCGAGAAUCUGUGGGAGAGGACAGAGGUGCUAGCAGCUGUGAUCGCAUGUGGAGUUGUUGGAUUCCUCUGCGCAGUUUUCCUCCUCCUCCUCCUGGCCUACCGCAUGAAGAAGAAGGACGAAGGUAGCUAUGACCUGGGAGACACCAAACUUUCCACAACAGCCUAUCACAAAGCACCUACCAAGGAAUUCUACGCCUGAAGAGACCAACAGGGACUUUAAGUGGAGUACGUUAUCAGCCGAUCUGGACUGAGACUGGAGCUGUAACACCUGAAGAUGAUUCUGUUCAAGUUUGAAGUCAAGCUUAUCUAUUCUUCUACAGUGCGCCUUACAAUUUAUCCUUUUCUCCUUUAACCUUCAUCCUCUGUCAUCUUCUCUUCAUUGUUGAUGUUUUUCACAAAGAGGACAUAAGAAAACAAAAUUUGACUAUUCAGUUUGGAUUCUGUCAUUUAUUCUCGCACUGGAGUUGGACAAUUAAUAUGCCUGAUAAAUUAGAAGAUAAUCCUGUCUAGAAUAGCACUACAGAUCACAGCUUUUCUAUUACAGGACAGUAAUUGCCUUCCAAAUAACAACAACACUGUGCCUCUUACUUAACACUUAGUUUAAAUGAACCACUCUGGGCUACAGUGGAUUUUCUAUUUCAGACAAAUUGAUGAUUGUCCUUUUAUUGGAGCUUCAAGUCAGCUGACCUCUCAGUUCAGUACCUUGUGGAAGUUGUCAGAAACUUAGAUCAGCCUUUAUGCAUUUUGACUGCUGUUAACUAAAACAGUGGCCAGUGGAAUUAGUAUUAUAAAUGACCUUUAAAAGAUACUCUUUUUUUGCUUUAUUAUAGGUCAUACUUGCUGUUUGUUGCCUUGCUUCUUGUUUUAUUUUCUGUAUGCCGCCUUUGCUGAAUCAAAGAUGUUUUCUUUGUGACGAGGAAUGAAAAUGUUCUAUUUCAUUUGUUGUCACGUAUUGGUAUGACAGCUUUUGUUACUCUGCAGGUACAUAUUUUUGUUGUUUUCUCACAGAUAUUUGAUAUUUGUAGAACUGACCAAAUAUAAUUGUGCUUUAUUUGUCUCGUGAAAGAUUUUUAGUAGCUUUUUUAAAUGUAUUUUCAUGUUUAGAGAUUAUAUUUCCAUAAGCCAUUUUUUAAAGAGAUUUUAGCCAUUGCGUUCAUACAGUUGUAGUCUUUGUAAAGAUCCUUGCUUCUGUCCAGCGUUAGUAAUCUAUUCAAUACUCUUUUAUAUGGUGACUGAGUGCAGCAAGCAUGUGAGACUGCUUCGCUAAGGUAGAGCCAAAGCUAAUGACUAUAAUUCAGAAACCGUAGAAGUGACCAAUGUUUUCUGACAAAUGCCAAAGCACAUUCCUAUCUUAGUGUCAGCCGUAUACAGUUAUAAUAGCAAGUUUGAAGUUAAAGCAGCAGUGACAGUGCAGAGUGUUUCCUACAGUCCAUAGCGUCAGGACUUCAGCCACACCACAGGCUCGAGUUAUAAAUUCAGUCAGUUACACAGUAGACGUCUGUUGCUUCUGAACUGUAAUAAGCAAUUGGACUGACAAGAAUAUUCCAGCUCAGUGGUGGAAAUAUUCUGUGCUCAUUUGAGUUAAAUUGGAUAGAACUGUGACGUAAAAGCCAAAGUAUGUCUUUGGUCAGAGGUGGAAACGGUACACAAGGUGAGGUGAAGUGGUUGACAUGCCUUGCUAUCACACAUUCUCCUCCAAAUUACAUUGACAUCAGAUGAUUCUUUAUCUGAUGCUCUGCUGUGAAUGUGUUGACUUUGAGUUAAAUAUUUAACAUAAUGCGACAAAAGCAUUUCUGUUUUUUUUUUUUUUUUUAAUUUCAUAUGUCAGAUAUUACUAUCCCUUUUAGUUGCAAAAUUUUCAGCAGCUUUUGUGUCCGUUAUCAGUUUGCCUGCCUUUAUGUGGCAUUAUGAUAUUAGCAACAGUUGGUGCAUGAGGUUACUUUUUUAUAUCUUAUUUGGCUGCUUACUAGUGUUUAAGACUGAUUUAAUUUCUGUUGCAGUAAUAGAGAUUAUCUAAUCCUAAAUGGUCUGAAUGCAAAUCUGGAAAACUACCUAUUAUCAAUGGCUGGAAAAAAGACAAUAUAUAAUAUCUAACCUACUGUGACUUACUGUUGAUAACAUGAUAUUUGUUGGAAAGUUUAAUCCAAAGUGCCUCAAAAUACAUUGUACAAUACAUGCUGUACUGUGUUAGUGUCAUGCUUUCACCUUCAAAUUAUUCAGUACUAUAACAGUAAUAGACUUCACUGUGUAAGUGUGGUCUAGUACCAACAGAGCGAUGUCAAAUAUAAACCAUUCCCAUACGGGUUUUCAUAACGGGUUUGCACUUACUGGCAAUCCAACAUGUAACACAAUUACGGAUCUCUGCAAGGAUCUCUGUAAGUUUAUACAGUAUGUUGAUACUUUAAUUUAUAUGUAUUAAUUUAUACUUGCUUACAUUAAUCCAGGUGUUAUCUGAAUGGAAAUGUACAGUAUUUAGCCUCUUUGUGCCUACAGUUCAGAUUUCUUUUUUAAUUUAUGUUUUCAGUUAUUUUGCUUUUUUAAAAUACCUUUUUAUAUUAAUUCAUUUAAUAAAUGAGUACAGUAUGUUACAUGUAAAUACAUUGCAGCUUUAAAGUUUGUUUUCAUGCAAAUUGAAUAUGAAUUGACUGAAGCCUUGGUUUCAACAAAUUAAAGGUGUGGACAAUGGUGGGGACCAACCAAAAGAUAACAUGUUACAGAUAACUGUGGUGUGAGCACAGGAAGCAAUAAUAGAGAACUGUUUUGCUGAAGUGGUGUAUUUUAAGAGGUUCACUACUGAAUAAAAGCUGUGGCUCUAAUGCAAUGCUGAAA